GUUUAGAGAGGCCUUCAACAGAUAACGCUAAUCAAGGAAAACUUGUUGGUACCAAAUACUUUUAUAAUGCAGACUAUAUGGUAUACAUAUAUACACAUAUAUUAUUAUUAUUAUUAACAUCGGACAUUUUCUUUUAGGUUCAUCGUGCACCUACUUAUGUUAUCACUAUGAAAAUGUAUUCAAGUCGUACUGUCAAUUCCGAAUGUGUUAAUUCUCAAAACCCUUUUGGUUUUCAUCUUAGUGAUGGUGCCAUCUACAAUUAUUUGACCGGUGAUGAAUAUAUGGAUACCUUUGGAGCUUGGAAUUGGGAAUUAAUACCUGGUAUCACUGUAGACAUGUUUGGAACGCCCUUAUCAUGUAACAGAGUGAAAAGAAAGGGUAAAAAAGAGUUUGUAGGUGGUGCGACAGAUGAUAAUAUAGGCAUCGCUGUUAUGGACUAUAUGAAUCCUAUUCAUGGAAAUUUAGCAUUUAAAAAGACCGCUUUCUUCUUCCCAUCUGGUUAUGCUAUUCAAGUGGGCCUUACUCAUUCGAGGAAUAAAACCGCACCCCUUGUCACCGUCCUUGAUCAACGACGUCGUAAUGGUAACAUCUAUAUCUCAGGCCGACUUCGAAAUACCAAUUCAAUGUAUGAGAGUAAAGCUACAAGUAGUAUUUGGCAUGACAAUAUGGGUUAUUAUUUCCCUAAUGCUGAGACGAUCUAUGUUAACUCAAAACCGCGUGCAGCCGAUUGGGCAUCCAUUGGUAUCUCUAGAGGGAACGAAAUGCAUCAGCUUUGGACGUCCUAUAUUAAGCAUUCAAAUACGUUGACCAAUAAUCGUCUUUUAACACAGUAUGUAGUGCAGCCUGGUAUCAGUCUUGAUGAAUUUAAUGAGAAGAUCCAUAAUAAUAAAGGCUCAAACAAGAUUCCUAUUCAGCUUGAUUUCAAAGAGAGUUCAUCUUACAUACACGCAGCCUACAGUGCAGCAGAUAAAACAAUCGCAAUAGCCUUCUGGGCUCCAGGCAAUUACAGUUCUUCAUGGUGGGGAAAAUCGCUCAUCAUUGAAUCGACAAAGCCUUGUGUUUUACUCUUUAGAAAGUUAGGAUCAAAUAAAUAUCGAAUCACUAUAGCUGAUCCUUCACAAACCUUAUUAGAUCUCAAUUUAUCGUUUACUAUGGCUGGAGGAACUAGGCUGAUCAAAAUAAAGUUCCCUACUGGCAAUAAUGCUGGUAAAGGCGUGGUUGUUGAAACUAUCAUGUGCUUUUAGCAUAGAUGAAUAUCAAAUAUAUACAUAUUUUAUCUAUUUAUUUCUUCUCUGUAUUUCUUUAAUUUCUUUAAAGUAAUUAUUUUGUAUUUUCUUGAUAAAACUAUUUGUAAAAUGCUG